GUUCCGUCGCUGGCUUCGCUCUGAGGGAAGGCGAUCCGGGGGGCGAUCCGGGGGGCGCGAUCAGCGGGCAGCACCGUCCCGAGCACUCGGGGACAUGUCGAGGCGGGCAGGGCCCCGGAGGGCCGCUUGGAGGAGACGGACGGCGACGACGGCUGAGACGGCGCUGACGCCGAGUUCGAGUUCCCUCCGGAGAUUGCACCGCUCGACGGUCUUCUGCCCUUGAAGGAGUUCGGCCGCGAGCGGAGAAAGAGGAAGCGGCCCCGGGCGCCCACAGCAGGAAGUUUCAGUCGCAGAGCCGCACCAUUGAGGAUUAUUCUGGCCCCAAGAGGCAGAACAAUGAAGCUGUUGGAAAACUCACGUUUUGAAGCGCUGAACUCUCAGCUGACAGUGGAGACAGGAGAUGCGCACAUCAUUGGCAGGAUCGAGAGCUACUCGUGCAAAAUGGCUGGGGACGACAAGCACCUCUUCAAGCAGUUCUGCCAGGAGGGCCAGCCCCAUGUCCUUGAGGCCCUGUCACCCCCUCAGACCACUGGGAUCAGCCCCAGCAGGCUCAGCAAGAGCCAGAGCGGCGAUGAGGAGGGGCCGCUCAGCGACAAGUGCAGCCGCAAGACUCUCUUCUACCUGAUUGCCACCCUCAACGAGUCCUUCCGUCCCGACUACGACUUCAGCGCUGCCAAGAGCCACGAGUUCAGCCGGGAACCGAGUCUCAACUGGGUGGUGAAUGCUGUGAACUGCAGCCUCUUCUCUGCCGUGCGGGAGGAUUUCCCUGCCCUGAAGCCCCACCUCUGGGAUGCUGUGGAUCAGGAGAUCUGCCUUUCAGAGUGCGACAUCUACAGCUACAACCCGGAUCUGGACUCUGACCCGUUUGGCGAAGAGGGCAGCCUGUGGUCCUUCAACUACUUCUUCUACAACAAGCGGCUGAAGCGCAUCGUCUUCUUCACCUGCCGCUCCAUCAGUGGCUCCAUGUAUCCCCCCCCAGAGGCAGGCAACGAGCUGGACAUGGAGCUGAGUGAGGAUGAGGCGGAGGAGUCGGUGGAGGCCUGUGACCAGGAAGGGAGCAGCAUCGAGGAAAACCGGAAGCAAGUGAUCUGCAUGUGAUUGGCUGGGCCUCCCUUGCCCGAGGAUGAUGCCUCCCUGGAG